AAUUAUUAAUUGGUAUGUAAUUGUUGAAUCCAAUAAUAUUUAUUAAAUGUACGUAGUGAAGAUAUAUAAAAAUGUCGGAAGCAACUAUUAAGUCUGUGAAUGAUCAGACAAUUAAACUUGAAUCACCAGAAUAUUCAAUGGAAGACGUUAAACGUGAAACUGAUGAUGAAUUUAAUUAUGUAGAUGGUAUUGUUAAGUCUGAAUCCUAUUUAGAGGAUGAUAAAACGUGUCUGGAAAGAUUUAUGAAUUCCGAAGUGACUAUAGAAGAAGAAGUCAAGCAGGAGGUAAUUGAGCCACCGUCUUAUAAAUGUGACAUUUGUAAUAUCUCAUUUCCAGAAUCUAAUUAUUUAAAAGAGCACCUGGCCGAUCACGAACGCAGUUGUAACGAAGAAGGCAUCCAUAAGUGUGAUGUAUGUCAUGAGUCAUUUAAACAAAUUUCAUUUUUGGCAGCGCACAUGGUUCUACAUAGCACAGAGCGCCCUUUCAAAUGUCAAAUAUGCCUUAAGACAUUCAAUCAAAGAAAAGGUUUGAAAAAUCACAUAGUUGUUCAUACAGGACAACGCCCUUUCAAAUGUGCAAUAUGCAAUAAAACAUAUAUUCGAAAAAAAGGUUUGAAAGUUCACAUGCUUGUUCAUACAGGGCAGCGCGCUUUCAAAUGUGAAAUAUGUGAUAAAGCAUUCGCUCUAGCAUAUAUUCUGAAAAUGCACAUGAUCACUCAUUCCAAAGAGCAUGCUUUCAAAUGUGAAACAUGCAAUCGGACAUUCACACAAAAAUGUAGUCUGAAACAACACAUGAUCAUUCAUACCAAAGAGUGUCCUUUCAAAUGUGAAAUAUGUAGUAAAGCAUUCUCUAAAUUGGGUGACUUGACAAGGCACAUGCGUAUUCAUACAGGAGAACGCCCUUUCAAAUGUGAUACAUGCAAUAGGGAAUUUGCGGUAUCAAACAACUUGAGGAGACACAAAUUAAAUGUUCAUAGUGGGGAACAUGAUGAAAAUCAAUGA